AAGUAUAGACUACAUAAAGAAACACUAUUCUUAAAACAAGUCUUGAUCUAUUGUUAUUUAAUUUCACAUUUGUUAAUACAUUCUCUGUAAAGGAUAAAAAAAUUCUUCAUUUAAAGUGUAUAGAGAUUAUUAGAAACGUGGAAUAAGUUUUUUUGUUUGUUACGAUGACUGAUCAAGAAUGUAAUGAUACGACAAAGGAAGAUAUUUACCCCGUCGCUGAAUGCCGCGCGUGCCUGCAAGUCUUAUAUUCCGAUUCCAAUUUACUGAAUAUAUUUGAACCAUGGACGCCGCCGUGGGAUGGGAUGGAAAAUACUAUAGCCGAAGACUUAGUGAAGCUUACUAAUAUUCAAAUUUCAGAAACUGAUAAGCAUUCGAAAUUCAUAUGCGAGACAUGCUACCAGGUUCUGCUUGGGGCAUGCCAUUUUACAGCCUGUGUUAGGAAAAGUUAUCAAAUAUUACUCGAACGCUAUCCUUGUGAGUCUCAAAUAGAUGUAAACAAUAAAGUGUGGCCUAAACCAAUACAAGUAGACAAGACUGUACACAGCUCAAUGUACCAAAACCCUGUGGACGUAGAAAUCAAACAGGAAGCUAUUUCCGAUGAAGAGUACAGUAAUGCUAUGGAGACAUAUGAUGAAGGGAAGGAUAAUUUAGCAAAUUUAGAUAUUAAGAUUGAACCGGAGGAAAUACAGAUACAGAAUAUUCAAAUAAAAGUUAACGGUACCAUAAUAGAAGGGCAACUUAAUUGUGACUCGUCAUCAGAACACGUAACUAAUGGAAAUAGUACAAUGGAAGAUAAUGAGUUAAGGGAUAUUGUGAAGGAGGAGCCGCUAACAGAUGAUGAUGAAAAUGACAAUCUAGCCUCGGAUCUACCGCUGGAAUGUCUCCUGUGUUCUAAAGCAUUCAACAGUGUUACUGGAUUGAAGGCCCAUGUGAUUGCACAACAUUCCUAUAAAUCUGUGAAACGGAAGUCGAACAGUGUGUCGCCACAGAAGAAAAAAUGUAAUUAUAUCUGUGCUAUAUGUAGAAGACGUUUUUCAACAUCCACGGAUCUAAUGGUGCACGAAACUUGUCACAAUAAGAGCGUGUGUUAUGGCUGCAAUCAGAGCUUCGACACGUUCGCACAAUUGACUGUACACAGACGGACGUGUAAGGCCGUCGCGAGUCGGAUGAGACAUAAGACUCUGGAUGACGUUUUAAGGCCUCAAACCCAAGUUAAACAGCCAAAAAAGAUAAGGAAAAAGGAAUUGCACUGCACAGAGUGUAAUGAAACAUUUAGUGACGUUUACUACAAGAGGAUUCAUGAAGAAGUUCAGCAUAGUUUGACAAGUGACGAUGUUAGUAAUAAGGUUGAAUCCAUGGAGGUUGAUGUACCUGGUAGGAUAUUAACAAGAAAUAAACGAAAAGAAGGUUACAAGCAAUAGAUUCUGAUUAUAAAUUAUAUUAAAAGUUGUAUUUUUUGAUUUUGUGAAUCUGAAAUAUAAGAUACCAAUCAUAUGACUGAUCUUCAUGCCUAUUACAAGUUUGUAUUAUCAGACCUACAGUUUCUAAGUAUUUAAACACUAAACUUAUAUAUAAAAGUUUAUACUUUAUUGUUGAAAACUUAAAACUAUUGGUAUUAAGGUUGACAAUACUAACUCAUACUAGGCACAGGUCACGGUUAAUUCAGUUUUGACUCUGGCAAUAUGACUGGUUGCUUAUAACAGUAGAAUACGCUUCAUUAAAAUUGUUUCAAGACUUCUUACACCCAAUGAACUGUGAUUCCCGAACGCUGUAAUAUUUUAUAUGGUCAAUAUUUUUUUCAUUGCUAAAAAAUUAUAUAAAUUCCUUUGUAAUUAACACCUUGUUAAGUUACAUUUUUAAUUGCCGUUAUGAAAACUAUAUAUUUUUUUUUUGUAAUAAAGUAAUUUUACUGUAAUUUGAUAAUGAUGAUUUUCUAUGUCGUUUAACAUAAUUUCAUUUGUAUUAUAGUCACAAUCACCAUAUGUAAAUAUAAUGUAACAUAAUGUAUCGUCGUCCCUCGUAUGUAGUAAACUUUGUUUUGCAAUUAA